AUGGGGCCUCAAUUCGAGACGCAUGCUGAGCAUGUCAGAUCGCCCACUGUGUCGCAGGUACGUCGCCGUGUCGCCGCUGCGUGUGACCUUUGCAAACGACGCAAGGUGCGCUGUACCGGCCAGCUGCCCUGCGCCUUCUGCAUCCGCUACGGGCGAGGAGAUCAGUGCACAUAUUCCUCUCCCGAUCGUCGUCGCAUCGCCUCCACUCCAUCGUCUCCCACCCAAACCCCCUUCUCCUCGCUCAGGAGACAGCAGUCGCAUGUUGCUACGCCGGCCGCGACUGCUGCUGCUAAGACCGACGACGAUACCGCCGUCCCCAGAGAAGGGCGGUUGUUGAGCGAUGGGCAAGGGAAACUGACGUACGUGGGAGACUCUGCUCCGCUAUCUUUCUUGCACACGAUCCGCCACAUGGUCACCUCCCACAUCGGCCCGACUGCCUUCACCUCCAGUACGUCCCGUGACUACAUGAUCGAACAUGUCAGCGCUCGAAGCCCAGAUCUGCGUCAUCCUUCUCUGAAGCUCAACGUCAACGUCGACAAGAUCGCGGCGGCUGUUUCUGCCUAUCUCUCUGUGACCGACGGCUUGAUCGAAAUCUUCGACCCGUCCACGCUCGCCGAUGAAAUACUGGCCUGGUCAACUGGGGAGCGCAGGAGUAGAGAUGAUAUGCUCUCGGCGGUUUAUUAUCUUGUCCUAGCCGUGGGAUUCCAGGGGAACGACCCGGGCCAAGCUCAUCGAUACUUCAGCCAUGCACGGACAAUCGCUUUGCUGGGUCUCGAUGGGAACCUCGAUGUGUGUACGACCAAGGCAUUUGUUCUCGUGGCCGUUUACAUGCUGAGCGUCUGCGAGCGAAACGGAGCAUUCCUCUAUUUUGCGCUCGCGGCGAGGUUAGCGUACUCGCUCGGCAUACACAAGUCGGAAGUGAACGCAGUAUUUGGUCCAGAUGAAUGCAGAUCGAGGGAUCGUCUCUGGAAGAGCAUCCGGAUACUGGACCUUCUUCUCAGUUCCUCCGUUGGUAGGCCACCAGCCACCUCCAACGUCGAUUGUACGGUGGCUUACGAUGCGGAACCUGAAUCCACCGAUGGAAUGCAAGGCCAGAAUGAUGAACCCGAUACCCUGGCCGCUUCCGUUCAGAUAUUCCACAUUCUUGAGCGUAUCAUUAUCGAAAUCUACUCCAAGAGGCAUAUUUCUGUUCACCUGACCGAAAGCAUCUCCCACGAGCUGCGUGCCUGGGCGGCGCGUUGGCUCCAGCCACUACAGAGCUUGUUACAUCAUGACUCGACAUCUCGAGACAUACCAGUGCCGUACAGGGCCACGGGGGCGUGCCAGGUCAUCAGCUCCUACUAUUAUGCCGUCAUGCUACUCACUCGACCUUUCCUGAUGCACGAACUGGAUAAGAGGCUGGCUGCUACGGUCACCCCAGCCGAUGCACCAACUGGUCUAUCAUCCCGAGACACUGGAAAAGGCAGGUUGGCAGAGGCGUGUAUCGAAUCGGCCAUGCUCACAGUUGAUCUGGUGCAAGAUUUGCUUGGCCGCCACCACGCUCCUAACACCAUGCCCCAUAUUAUUUCUUGGCUGUUCACUGCUGCGCUCGUCCUAGGCCUGGCUCUCUUAGGGGAAUUUGGCCGAGGGUUCGAGAAGAAGGCUCGCACUUCCAUUGAGCUGCUCCGAUGCCUCUCUCAACAGGACUCAUACGCCCUCCAGUGCGCCUCCAUUGCCGAGUGCCUAGUCACUUCCGCAACAGAUUACCUGGAGGUCAAGGAGCUGCAAGAGCGACGGAGACGGACCGAAAAGACGUCCCAUAUCUUUGGUGUUGCAGUUGAGCACAAUCAACCUAGGGGGAGUCCACUGCGGCCUGCUCGUCCCUCCCACCAGGCCGAGUCAGAGUCGACGGCGGUGGAUGUUCAAGAGAAGGCCUCGAAUCCCACAUUUGCCCAUCACCAAGACCGAGAAAUGUAUAACCCAGAUGCCUUCCCGGUCAUCGCCGACUUUUUCGGGCCGACAGGCGACGUGUCGACCGGUUCCGUCCUGGGAGAUGACGAUCUAUUCGACGACAUGUCUAUUUUUCCCGCCUUGGGGGCAGGGGAAUCUCUCUUCUUCCAACGUGAUUUAUUUUGA